AUGGCAGACCAAAGCUGGAAAUCGGAGCCGCCAUACAAGAAACCCGACGAGUCCUUCAACAAGACGCUCCAAGGCUCGUGCCACUGCGGCCGAGUCAAGUACUGGCUCAGCAAAGACAAGCCUCUCGCCUCCAAGUACUGCCACUGCGAUGGCUGCAAAGUCCUCCAUGGCGCCCCCUUCCAAUGGGCAGCAAUCUUCAAAAAGCAAGACAUGGCAUUCGAAAGCGGCGCCGAAAGCCUACGCUUUUACAACUCUGGUUCUCAGUCGCAGGAGCGUGAACUACCCUGCAAAGUAAGCUGCUCUUAUUGCGGCACUCUCAUCAUGGACGAGGGACGGAACAUGGUCCUGCUGUUCCCGACGCUUCUGUCUUUCCAGAACGAAGCCCAGCGGAAGAAUUUCGAUGUGCAGUGUCAUCUCUUCUAUCCACAGAGGGUCGUCGAUUUGCCGGAUGGAAAGCCGAAGUGGUCAGGGCUGGAUGAGAAGAGCGAGCUGCUAGACGAAGCUUGA